CCCUGCCCGCAGCCCGCUGGCACCAUGCUGCCCGCGCGCUGCGCCCGCCUGCUCACACCCCACUUGCUGCUCGUGCUGGUGCAGCUGUCCCCGGCUCACGGCCACCGCACCACGGGCCCCCGGUUUCUCAUAAGUGACCGUGACCCUCAGUGCAACCUCCACUGCUCCAGGACUCAGCCCAAACCCAUCUGUGCCUCCGACGGCAGGUCCUACGAGUCCAUGUGUGAGUACCAGCGAGCCAAGUGCAGAGACCCGGCCCUGGGUGUGGUCCAUCGAGGCAGAUGCAAAGACGCUGGCCAGAGCAAGUGUCGCCUGGAGCGGGCUCAGGCCCUAGAGCAAGCCAAGAAGCCCCAGGAGGCAGUGUUUGUCCCGGAGUGCAGCGAGGAUGGCUCCUUUACCCAGGUGCAGUGCCACACCUACACGGGGUACUGCUGGUGUGUCACCCCGGAUGGGAAGCCCAUCAGCGGCUCUUCUGUGCAGAAUAAAACUCCUGUAUGUUCAGGUUCCGUCACCGACAAGCCCUUGAGCCAGGGCAACUCAGGAAGGAAAGUCUCUUUUCGAUUCUUCUUAACCCUCAAUUCAGAUGACGGGUCCAAGCCGACGCCCACGAUGGAGACGCAGCCGGUGUUCGAUGGGGACGGUAAGCUCUGGGAUUCCUUCCGACCCAUCCCCCCACCCGGGUUCAGAUUUGGGGAAGAAAUCACAGCUCCCACUCUGUGGAUUAAGCACUUGGUAAUCAAGGACUCCAAACUGAACAACACCAAUGUAAGAAAUUCAGAGAAAGUCCACUCGUGUGACCAGGAGAGGCAGAGCGCCCUGGAAGAGGCCCGGCAGAAUCCCCGGGAGGGCAUCGUCAUCCCAGAGUGUGCCCCUGGGGGGCUCUACAAGCCGGUACAGUGCCACCAGUCCACUGGCUACUGCUGGUGCGUGCUGGUGGACACGGGCCGCCCGCUGCCUGGGACCUCCACACGCUACGUGAUGCCCAGCUGUGAGAGCGACGCCAGGGCCAAGAGUACGGAGGUAGAUGACCCUUUCAAGGACAGGGAGCUGCCAGGCUGUCCAGAAGGGAAGAAAAUGGAAUUUAUCACCAGCCUACUGGAUGCCCUCACCACUGACAUGGUGCAGGCCAUUAACUCAGCAGCGCCCACUGGAGGUGGGAGGUUCUCAGAGCCGGACCCCAGCCACACCCUGGAGGAGCGAGUGGUGCACUGGUACUUCAGCCAGCUGGACAGCAACAGCAGCAACGACAUCAACAAGCGGGAGAUGAAGCCCUUUAAGCGCUACGUGAAGAAGAAAGCCAAGCCCAAGAAAUGCGCCCGGCGUUUCACCGACUACUGUGACCUGAACAAGGACAAGGUCAUCUCGCUGCCCGAGCUGAAGGGCUGCCUGGGAGUGAGCAAAGAAGUAGGACGCCUCGUCUAAGGAGCAGAAAACCAAAGGGCAGGUGGAGAGACCCGGGAGGCAGGACGGAUCAUCAGACACCUAACCUUCGACGUUGCCACGGCCCAGCCACUUCCCAUGUAACAUGAGUGGUGCCCACCGUGUUUGCACUUUUAAUAACUCUUACUUGCGUGUGUUCUCUUUGGUUUCAUUUGUAAACACCAGUAUCUAACGCCACAGUGGGAAAAGGAAAGGGAAGAAAGUUUGUUCUCUCUCUUAUUGUAAGUUUUUGGAUCUGCUACUGACAACUUCUAGGUUUUAGGGGGGUGGGGUGUUGUGGGACUGAGAAGAAAGAGAUUUAUAUACUGUAUAUAAAUAUAUAUGUAAAUUGUAUAGUUCUUUUGUACAGGCGUUGGCAUUGCUGUUUGUUUAUCCCUCUCUCCCUGCUCUGGGUUGUGGGAGCUCUGGACACACGGCCCAGCUCUCCAGAACCCGGGACUCACUCCCAGCCCACCUGCGUUCUGUUUGGAAACUGACCCUGCGUGCCCGGGGAGCCCUGUGAUUAUAUUGGUCCUUUCUGGAGGGAGGAGGACACUACCCCGUGCCAUGGCUGCCAAGGUUGGCAAGCCACAUUGUGGUUGCCUUCUCAGGGGAGCUUGGGUUGGGGGAGAGAGAGUUGCCCCUGGAGGGAGGGAAGUAGUCAGACACCGUUCUCCCUGGGUGGCCCAGGAUCCAUAGGUAGACCCGUAUCCUAGGACCCACUGCAGACAUCCUCAGAGUAUUUGCAUUAGGUCAGUUGAAACAUUUCCCCCACAUUUAGCACCUACUCUGUGUAAAACAUGAACGAGGGGCAAAGAGGAAAAAGGCACACAGUGGGUCUUUGAUUUAGACGUCUAUUUAAGCAGCAGAAGGAAGAGGACAGAACGCGUCGUUGGUGAGUGUGGCGCCCACAGGAGGGCUUCUCACGUGCAGAACCACAGGUGAGGCUUCUGAGACCUGCCCCCGCCCCAGGCCGCCAGCUCAGACUGGGUUUUACCUCCACUCUCCCCAUCCCGCCACCCUCGGUGGUCAGCACAGCCCGAGGAGAGAGUUGGUCCAUCGCCUUGUUGAUAAUUGAAUGGUUUUAUUUUUAACCCGAUACUGAGGUUCUUCCUGUUGCCUUAAAUGCUUUUAAGGGCUUCCAGGCUUGAGGUCAAUUCCAUAGCAACCCUGACUGUGGGCCUCCGACUUCUGCCUCUCCUGGAACAAUAAUCCAGCCAGGAGGACAUGCAGGCCUGGCUUUGCCCUGCCUUCAGGACAGACACACAACUUCCUUUGCCCGGGUGACCAUGCCCAUUCAGACAGAGUGGCACUUAGUGCCACUUCCCGUGAGCGGCCGUGGCAGCACCGAGGGAGGGCGGGUACCCCAGACUGGUGCCCUUAUCGGAUCGCUCUUGGGAAUCAGGCCUCAGCUCGUGGGGCGUCCCAGUAUUCCCGUAAGUGCACCCACCUUGCAGACUGUCCCACCGCGGUCUGGAAAGCUUUGUCAUUGUGUGCUGGCCCCUCAAGGCCCAGCGGGGGGGAGGGCCCCUCAGGCAGGAGCAUGGCCUUUUGGGGACAUGACUGAAGGUUCUGGCUGUCCUGGGGAAAGUCCUGGAGCUUAUCUGGGGGAUGACUGGAGACCCCAUCCGGACACGGGGAGGUGCAAAGGGAGUCCUCGCCCAUUGUCAGCCUGGCCCAGAAACCUCAGUGUGCUGGAACUGGAGGGACCUUCAGGGGACCCAGCCCCCCUCCAGCCUGGGGAAGCAUGUCAACCAGGAAGGAGCCCCCUGUUGAAAUCCGACUCGGCCCCAGGCUUCUUUCUCACGCGUAGCUGUGUUGUGUGGUU